CCGGUUCCUGUCUCCAGUCGACUCCGGUCUCUGGCCUCCAACUCCCCCCGACUCUCCUCUUCGUCCUCCGUCCCCUCCGAGUCCGGUCGCGUCCCACUAACUCCGAUCGACCGCACAUCAACAUGGCCGGCAGAGCUCCCCAGCAUGCCCUUCGGGUAGGGUGCAGGGCAGUCCCCGAGGCUCUUUCGAAGCCCGCGCAGCAAUCCAGAUGCUUGUCGUCGACCGUACCUCGCCAAGGCAUGUCCUCCCAACCAAUCUCCACCUACCCCGUCGUUUCCUUCAACAAGACCUCGUCCCCCGAACUCAAGGAAGCCCUCGAGACCCUCCGUGAAAAGGUCAUUCUUCCCACCUACCUGCCGCCCGAACUACGACAGAAGAUCUUCAACAAGAAGUAUGAGAAGGAGCUUGCGCACGAUCCCGUCACCAUCCAGAUCGAUGGCCAGCCCCAAAGGUUCAGCUACAUCAACAUGCUGACGGACAUGCCCAACACCCCCAAGAACAUCCGGGCCGCCCUCCUGAGCAUGAAGAACGGCGGUGACUUUGCCAACCUUUCCGGCCUCCUCGAGGGUAUGCACCGCGCGAACCGCAAACUCCCAUACUGGCUCUCUGCCCAGAUAGUCCGGAAAGCAUGCAAGGCCGGCCAUCUGCAGCUCAUUCUCAACAUGGUCCGCGACGUCAAGCGCACCGGCUUCACUCUCGAGCGCCACGAGACCGUCAACGAGCUCCUGUUCUGGAUCCAGCGUUUCGCGUGGAAGAGCGACUACAGCGAGCCAGAGACGCGCAAGGCGCUUAGGGAGGUUCAGGAGAUUCUGGACGCGCUGGAGGGCGACGAGAGACACAUGAGCAAGGACCGCAAGAGGCAGCAGGCCCUUACGAGGUUCCCGUAUCACCGCGACCCUCAGUUCCUCGCCGCCAGGCUAAACUUGACGGCCGAGCUCGCUGCUCGCCGCGCGGUAACCGGACAGACUUCGGAACAGCAGCUCAACAGCGCCAACGACGUCAAGAACCUGGUCAAGUAUGCCGAGCAGCUGGUGAGGCUGUGGCCCGCAGACAAGGCCCUCUUGGACAUGUACACGGAUGAGGCCUACGUUGCCAGGGUCGAUCUCCGGUACCUCAUCAAGCCCCAAGUGCACCUUCGCUAUGCUAGUUUCACUCUCCAGGCCUUGAAGAAUGCGGCCAAGAUUGUCGGACAGCUCGGCCAUGGCCCGCUGGCGGCGCAGUUGAUCAACAGGGCCACUGCUGUCGAGGCUGAGAGCCAGUUGGCCUAUGCCAAGGUUGACGACGGCAUGGCCGGCCAGAAGAUUUACGAGAUGGUUGUGGGUGGAAAGAAAUAAACGCUUGUAGGCAAUGAUUAACAGAACGAGCUGUUUCCCCAUGUUUCUCUCGUCAUACUCUCGCGAGGUAUGGUACGUAUAGGCGACUAGCUUUGUAUAUGUAGGAUGUAUGACGGACUGUAAGAUACCAUGAGUUGACAAAUGGCACAAAAAGUAGACAAGAGAACCCUGAAACUUUUUUUGUUUCAUG